GCACUCUUUGAGUUUAUUUUUAGAAUAAAAAACUAUCUCUGGACGCUAAAAUUCAGAAUAGUUCGUUCGUACUUCCGAGUUCCGAGCGCGUGUUACUGUUUAAAGUACUCGUAUUUUAAUUUUCGACACCCUGUGUGACGGCAUCGAGAGAUAACAACGACUUUUGAAGGAGCCGCACGUACGUUCUACUUGGGCGUAUGGUAAUAGGCAGAAUUACUGGCAGAAGGCGCUGGCUGGUGUGGAAGCACGGUAUCUUGGUUUUGUAAUUCCUACCUCCGUCUUCCCGUUUGUCAUCUGGGAGGAGGUUCAAAUUUGUUCGACUGGAUCUAGGCACUGUGAUUUAAGAGCAAAAGAUUUUAGUCAGUAAGCUAUCAAGAUGUAUCCACCAGCUGUUCGUGGUCGUGCGGUUCUAAACCUGGCCGGGCGCUUCGGAGCCAUGACGGUCCGGAAACGCGCCAUCUCGGCUGCGGACGGUGCACGACGAUGCUUCAGCACUGAUUUAAAAGCAGACAACUUUCUCUCGGGAUCUAGCUCGGUUUAUGUGGAGGACAUGUACCAACAAUGGAAGAAGAACCCAAACAGUGUUCAUCCGUCAUGGGAUUCCUACUUCAGCAGCGUCUCAAAAGGCUUGAAGCCCAGUCAGGCCUAUCAGUCUCCGCCAUCUCUCAGUGGAGCACAACCCGCUGUUCAACCCAGACAAUACGGUGCUGCACUGGAUCUGGCAGCCGUUCCGGAAAAUCUGGAGAAAACUGUUCGUGAUCAUCUCGCAGUGCAGGCAGUUAUCCGCGCUUACCAGGUGCGCGGACAUCAUAUUGCGGAUUUGGAUCCGUUGCGUCUGGAAUCGAUGCGCUAUGAUUUCAUGCCUCCUGAAUUGCAGUUAUCGACUUACAAUCUUGGCGAAGCGGAUAUGGAUCGAGUGUUCGUUCUACCCGAAACAACAUACAUCGGCGGCGGAAAGCAUGCGCUACCACUCCGCGAAAUUAUUCAGCGCCUCCAGACGGCUUAUUGUGGCGUCAUCGGUGUCGAAUACAUGUUCAUCAACAACAAAGAUCAACAGGAAUGGUUGCGGCAGCAGUUUGAGGUGCCCGGUGUUACUAAACUUGAUGCAGAUGAGAAGAAAACCCUCUUGAAGCGUUUAAUUCGUUCUGCCGGUCUUGAAGAUUUCUUCGCUAAAAAGUGGCCGUCGGAGAAGCGUUUUGGUCUGGAGGGUUGCGAGGUGUUGGUCCCGGCGUUGAAGGCGGUUAUCGACAUAUCCAGUGCCCGCGGUGUGGACAGCAUCGUCAUCGGUAUGCCCCAUCGUGGCCGGCUGAACGUUCUGGCCAACGUUUGUCGCAAGCCGUUAGAGACCAUCUUAACACAAUUUAAGAGUCUGGAAGCAGCGGAUGAGGGUUCGGGUGACGUAAAGUAUCAUCUCGGCUUGUCACACGAGCGGAUCAAUCGCGUCACUAAUAAACCGAUGCGCUUGGCUCUGUGCGCUAAUCCUUCCCAUUUGGAAACUGUGGAUCCGAUUGUGCAAGGAAAGGUACGGGCGGAACAGUUUUAUCGCGGAGACGUGGAAGGAGACAAAGUUAUGAGCAUAAUUAUGCAUGGUGAUGCCGCGUUUUCUGGUCAAGGAGUUGUGUAUGAAACGUUCCAUUUAUCGGAGCUACCGGAUUACACCACACAUGGCACGAUCCAUGUGGUUGUCAACAAUCAGGUUGGAUUUACAACCGAUCCUCGAUUUUCUCGUUCGUCACCGUAUUGUACCGAUGUGGCUCGUGUCGUGAACGCGCCGAUUUUCCAUGUGAAUGCUGAUCAUCCGGAAGCUGUGCAGCAUGUUUGCGCCGUGGCUGCUGAAUGGCGCGCGAAAUUCCAUAAGGAUGUUGUUAUCGACUUGGUGUGUUAUCGUCGCAGCGGUCACAAUGAAAUCGACGAGCCCAUGUUUACACAGCCGAUAAUGUACAAGAAAAUUCGCCAGACCAAACCCGUUGUAGAGAAGUACGCCGCUCAGCUGAUGAUAGAGGGAGUUGUGGAUGAACAUUACUUUAAGCAAGAAAUUGGAAGUUAUUUGAGCAUCUGCGAAGAUGCAUUCAAAACAGCUUCUCAAGCCACGCACGUUAAAUUCUCGGACUGGCUUGACUCUCCAUGGGAAGGGUUUUUUCAGACUCGCAACAAGAAAGUAAUCGAGCCAACGGGGGUGGACGAAUCAGUCCUUCAUCAUAUUGCCACUGUUUUCAGUAACGCGCCACCAGACCUGGAUAUUCAUAAAGGAAUUAAGAAAAUCCUAACGACGCGAAAAGAGCUGACUGAAAAGCGCAUGGCUGACUGGGCGAUGGGAGAAGCCCUCGCAUGGGGAUCGUUAUUGAAAGAAGGCAUUCAUGUCAGAUUAUCUGGACAGGAUGUCGAAAGAGGCACUUUCAGUCAUCGCCAUCAUGUACUGCACGACCAGAGUGUCGAUAAAAAAACAUACCGACCAUUGAAUCACCUAUGGCCUGAUCAGGCACCCUACACGGUGUGCAACAGUUCCUUGUCAGAAUAUGGAGUCUUGGGCUUCGAAUUAGGGUUUUCGAUGACCAAUCCCCAUGCGCUGAUCAUGUGGGAAGCACAGUUUGGCGAUUUCUUUAACACCGCACAAUGUAUCGUGGAUCAGUGCAUCUCCAGCGGUCAAGCGAAAUGGAUCCGUCAAAGCGGUCUGGUUAUGUUGUUGCCGCACGGCAUGGAAGGAAUGGGUCCUGAGCAUUCUAGCGCACGACCAGAGCGCUUCCUGCAGUUAUCCAGCGACAACCCGGAUUCGUUCUCGACCGAAUCCAGCCCGACAUACGUUGUUGAUCAGCUGCGUGACACUAACUGGCAAGUAAUGAACAUCUCAACACCGGCCAAUUAUUUCCAUGCAAUGCGGCGUCAAAUUAAGACCCCGUUCCGUAAGCCACUCAUUUUAAUGACACCGAAAAGUCUCCUCCGUUUACCGGAAGCCCGCUCCAGUUUCGAUGAAAUGCUACCUGAUCGGGAAUUCCAGCGCAUCUAUUCUGACCAGGGCAAAGCAGAAGAAAAGCCGGAUAGUGUCAAGCGACUGAUUUUCUGCAGUGGGAAGAUCUAUUAUGAAUUGGCUAAAGAACGAACUGGGAAAAAUCUGGAUAACGAUAUCGCCAUCGUUCGAGUUGAACAGAUUUGUCCGUUCCCGUAUGACCUAGUCCGUCAGCAAAUGGAGCUGUAUCCGAAUGCGGUAAUUACAUGGGUACAGGAAGAACAUAAGAAUGCCGGCGCAUGGAUGUAUGUUCAACCACGCAUUGAUAACAUCUUGCGUCACCACAUCAAGGAAAGGCGCCGCAUUAAGUAUGUGGGACGAAUUGCGGCAGCAUCACCCGCGACGGGCAACAAGAGUCAGCAUUUGAUUGAGCAAGCAAAAGUCAUUUCGGAUGCUAUGCAUAUUGAUGCUUGAUUGAUCCUUGCUUUCUGUGUUCGGGAUCGUCCUUUGGAUGCUACGGCUGCGAUUUCAGAUGUCUAUUUUUCCUUCUAGUUUUUUCCCUUUACUGCGUGUGUAUGUGUGUAUGUGGAAAAAGUUGGCGGUUCUUAGUAUAUGCAAAUUCUGUUAAGAGUUUAGAGAUAAAAUCUCUGGUCACGUACGAGAGGCUAGUUUUUAAAAGGGUAGCAGCUCAUUAGGAUGUAUAAAAACAAGAUUUAUGUUUGUCCAUUCAAUUUAUUGAUCUUUGAGCUUCUGAAAGUCUGUAAGCUGUAGUCCGUGGCGCACCUUUGUCAACCGAAUAAAACUGCAUAUAUGCUGCUGUGC